AUGUCUGAUCCCGCCUCACAAGCACCUUCCUCGCCCUCACUUCAGCCAGUCUCCUUGCAUUUUGAUAAUACACUUGGUGCAUUAAUCAUUGCUGAGAUCUUGAUAGCAGUGCUAUACGGCAUCGCCAGCAUGCAAGUAUAUGUAUAUCUUCAUCGUAGCUCGGGUGACACUGUCCUCAUGAAGCGGACUGGAACGUUUGGUUCAACGGCAGUGCUGACACGUAUGACCAGGAUUCUCGACAGCCUCUACCUCGCGUUCACUUCGCAUACUAUCUAUUACUAUGCUGUAACAAACUUCAUGAAUCCUCUCGCUUUAACAGCAUGUCCAUGGACAUUUGCAGCGAACAUGUUUGUUGGUGACCUAGUCGAGGUCAUCGUGACUUUGGUAUAUGCAUACAAAAUUUACAAACAAGUAUACGGCCUCUCGUAUUCAUUGUACCGCCUCAGCUUGCUAGCUUCCUUGGAGCCUGUGGUGCGUUUCAUAUUCAUUCAGAAGUAUCUUGGUCGCAUUUUUGAUCUGCAAAUCAGCCAUUGGCGCACUUUCUCUCAAAUUUCCCCAGAACUUUAA